GAGAAACUGUGCAUUUCCUACUUCUAAACUGGCUGUAGGUUCAAUGUGCACAGCUCAGUUGGCCAGAGGAGCUGAGACAUCCGUUCCCCCUACAAGAAACUCUGGGUCAAUGAACAUGGAUUAUCAAGUGUCAAGUCCCAGCUAUGACAUCGAUUAUGGGAUGUCAGACCCCUGCCAAAAAAUUGACGUGAGGCAAGUUGCGGCCCGGCUCCUGCCCCCGCUCUACUCGCUGGUGUUCAUCUUUGGUGUCGUGGGCAACCUGCUGGUCGUCCUCACCCUGAUCAACUGCAAAAGGUUGAAGAGCAUGACUGACAUCUACCUGCUCAAUCUGGCCAUCUCUGACCUGCUUUUCCUGCUCACCCUCCCAUUCUGGGCUCACUAUGCCGCAGCCCAAUGGGACUUUGGAAAUACAAUGUGUCAGCUUUUGACAGGGGUCUAUUUUAUAGGCUUCUUCUCUGGAAUCUUCUUCAUCAUCCUCUUGACAAUUGACAGGUACCUGGCUAUCGUCCACGCCGUAUUUGCUCUCAAGGCCAGGACGGUCACCUUUGGGAUGGUGACAAGUGGGGUCACCUGGGUAGUGGCAGUGCUUGCCUCUCUCCCAGGAAUGAUCUUUAGCAGAUCUCAAAAAGAAGGUUCUCGUCAUACCUGUAGUCCUCAUUUUCCAACCAGUCAAUAUCAUUUCUGGAAGACCUUCCUGACGUUAAAGAUGAUCACCUUAGGCCUGGUGCUGCCGCUGCUCGUCAUGGUCAUCUGCUACUCGGGAAUCCUGAGAACCCUGCUUCGGUGUCGGAGUGAGAAAAGGCACAAGGCUGUGAGGCUCAUCUUUGUGAUCAUGAUUGUCUAUUUUCUUUUCUGGGCUCCCUACAACAUCGUCCUCCUCCUGACCACCUUCCAGGAAUUCUUUGGCCUGAAUAAUUGCAACAGUUCAAACAGACUGGACCGAGCCAUGCAGGUGACGGAGACUCUCGGGAUGACACACUGCUGCAUCAACCCCGUGAUCUAUGCCUUCGUCGGGGAGAAGUUCAGAAGGUAUCUCUUGGUGUUCUUCCAAAAGCACAUGGCCAAGCGCUUUUGCCAGUUCUGUCCCAUCUUCCAGAGAGAGGGUCCUGAGCGCACAAGCUCAGUGUAUACCCGAUCUACUGGGGAGCAGGAAAUCUCUGUUGGUUUGUGAGCCGGACUCAAGCUGGCUUAUGUCCUGGACUGAGUUGUGUCUGUGACUUGGUUUUUAUACACAGCCUGGGGAUGGGAGUGAUUCUUUUAAAAAAAGAAGUUACUACCACAGAGGGUCCAAGAUUCAUCUAUUUGAGAUCUCUUUUAAGUAUAUUGGAUCUUUUAAACCCAUCUCUUCUAGAAAACUGAAUUCAAAUUUGGUGAUGUAAUAGCAAACUUCUCAUCUCAUCUCCCCUCUACUUUUAUUAUGUUAUUGGCAAACUCUUCCUUCAUUGCAAAAAUGGCCUAUAUAAAAGCAAUCCUCCGAGAAUUGCUGAUUCUUCAGUUUACUGAUUUAAAAAAAAGAGAGCAAGAGAGAAACAUUUUGUACAGGUUCUUAGCUUGUGCAAGGCAACAUACAGAUUGUAAAUGUGCUAAAAAUUGGUCUUUGGUGAUAGGAAAGGAAAGAUAGAAAUGUGAUCAGUUAGGAAAAGGGAUAGUCCAUAUGUGAUUUUUCCCAUAAAGUCCCAUAGACUUUCAGGACCAGCUGAGCACCCUGUGGUUUGGGACAGCGAAGAAUGUUUCUUAAUGAAGGGAUUUGAGUUGGAUCAUCUGUUGGUGGAGAGACUGGAACCCAUGCUUCAGGCUUCAGGACUAUGUGUACAAAGCUUGGCUGUAAGAAGACACUGGGCAGGUUGGGAGAGACUCUGGGGAGGAAGGACAGGGUCAGAUCUCAAGGAGCUUGACAUCACUGCUCUGUCAGAGUCAUGAGCAGAGCACAGAGCUCCCUGGCCUGUCUGUGAUGCACAAGGAUUAUUUCAUGGCAAUGGAUGGCCUGGAAAGAUGAGCAUUUAGAACCUAAAGGCUAACAUCAGUAAGGUCAGAGGGGAAUGGCCUCCACCAAGGGCCAGGCACCCAGGAUGGGAGGAGGGAAGGUUAGUUCUGCAUUUAGGAUGCAGAGUCAGCAGAACGUGCAUGAAUUUGAGUUGGAGGUUGGGUGGCAAAGAGGAUUCGGGGAGGACCCUGAGGCUUCAAACCCAUUGGAGAAGGCCUUGAGGUGACAUAGGGAGAAGGGUUAGGUAAACGAAAAAAGUCUUUGGCAUAAGAGGAUAAGUCCCAUUUUCUGAGUUGAAUCCUGCCUUCCCCAGAGGGGCUCCACGUUGUCUUCACUAAAGGCUCCUGUCUGCAGAGCUGCCCACCAUCCCAGUUCUGUUCCUGGGGGUUCUCCAUGAGGCUCAGAAAAGCUAGAUUUGCAAAUACCUGAGCUGAGGUCUACAUACACAUUGUGGAUCCAUGUGAGUUCUAGGUGAGGAUUGCUCAUAUAGUUGAAAUCCAAAGGGCUGGGAUGUAGCUCAGUGGUUGAGCCCUUGCCUGGCAUGCAUAAGGCCCCGGGUUCCCUCCACAACACCACCAACAAACAAACAAACAAAAAAUCCAGAGUGUUAUAACCUUACACAAGGAGGCCCCAAAGAGGUGAGGGGAAGCUCAAUUGCCCAUGGUUCUGCCUGCCUAGAAGUUUCAACUCUCUGGAUUUACCCAUCAAAAUACAAAGUGGGGAAGUGACGCAUGCCUUUGGAAACACGUUGCCCUGAGCUUCAAAAGCCACAAAAGUACAAUUUACCAACUUCCACGUUUGAGGCCAAGUGUGGGGGCGCUAGAUACUUUUUCCUGAAGCCUCCAAAGGAAGCACACCCAAACACUAAGGGAUGCAUUCACUUCAAAGAGAAGGUUAGGAAUUUUUUUUUUUUUUUAUAUCCCUGAGGUUGUUUGAAUUUCAGAGUAGUUAAGACAAUCAUAGCAAAGGCUAGGUGAGGAAACAUAAAUGGGUAAGAACCACUCAGGGGAUUAAAGGGACAGAAUGAUAAGAAGUGCUACUGAUUUUUCUCAAGCUCUGAAUAUGAAACUAGAGCAUGUGGCUGUCUGCAGGAAGUGAACAAAUGGAAAUACCUUUCCUUUGUUCUGCAGGUCAUUGAAAGUGCACGAGGAGCUACACCCUUCACCCCAAGUCACUCCAAACGUCUGACAUCUUCCUAUGUGGAUAGAAAGUUCUAAACCCUUGGAAGAAAAUAUGCCUCUAAUAAAAACCACCUUCUAAAUAGAAUUGUGUUCUUGAACAGUCAUUCUUGGCCGUGAGGGCCUGGCGCCAGAGGGCCAUUCAGGUAGGGGGAGCAUUUGAGAAUUACGUGACCUAGACUGGUUGUCACAAUGAAAGGAAUUGAUAAUUUCAAGAUGCCAAGCAAAUUAUCUGCAAAAAAAAAUCUGAUCUCCAAGAGGUUUGUCCCAUUCUCCCUGGACUGUGAAAAAGAUGAAUCCCAUAUGUAAUGAUGAUUAUCAGAGUAUAUAUCAAAAGAGACCAACUGAUGAGGCUAAGAUUUUGAAAAGCCUUCAUCAUCCAAACCUGGUAUCAUGCUUUUACUGAAGCCAGGGAUGGCAGUCUGUGCCCUGUGAUGGAGUACGGUGACAGGUCUCCAAAUGACUUAAUAGAAGCGUGAAAUAAAAACAGCCAAGACACCUUUCCAGCAGCUAUCAUUUCAAAAGUUGCUUUGAACAGGACCAGAGGGCGAAAGUAUCUGCACCAAGAAAAGAAACUGCUUCAUGGAAACAAGAGUCU